AUGGCCGACUACUCCAUGUACCAUGCCCUCGGCCAGGGCGAGAACCUCGACCCUAACGACCCGAACCGGACGAGCCAGCCUGCCCCGCCGCAGUUCCAACCUCCCAUUGCGCCGAACCCCUACCAACAGGGCACGCCCCAACAACAACAGCAGCAGCAGUACCAACAGUAUCAGCAGCAGCAACAGCAGCAACCAUACUAUGGCGCUCCCCCGCCCGGGGGCUACGGCCAGGGAGCACCAGGCGGACCAGGAGGGCCAGGAGGACCUGGAGGGUACGCGCAACAGGGAGGAUAUGCACAAGGGCCGCAGUCACCGGCAGACGACGGGGGUCUGGCCGCACAACUAGGGGGCAUGAACCUCGGGGCCGACGCGGGGACCAGCAGUGUCCGGAAGAAGAAGAAGGACCGUCACGCAUACCACAACGUUGAGGCGCCCGUGGGGUCGGCCCCGGCGUUCAACGGCAUGCCCCCGCCAGGACCUCCAGUCGGUGGUGUUGGUGCUGCGGCCGGCUUCAGCCCCCAGAUGAACCAGUUCCCAGCACCCGUCGCCAGCCCGGGUUUCAUGCCUGCGCCCGCGUCUCCGGCCGAGUUCGCCGCGAGAAGCGGCUUUGCCGAUGCCGCCGCCGCAGCAGCGCCCGCAGCGCCCGCUGUGGUCCCUACCUCGGGCCAAAACCAAGUCUCCCCCGACGAGAUGCCGAGCGUGCCACUCUCCCGCGACGCCGUCCAGCAGCACUUCUUCAACAACGUGUACCCGACCUUUGAGCGGCUGGUCCCCCCACCGGCCACCACGUCCUUUGUCGCGUUCGACCAGGGCAACGCCUCGCCGAAGUAUGCCCGGCUGACGCUGAACAACAUCCCCGCGACAGCCGAGGGCCUCAAGAACACGGGGCUCCCGCUCGGCCUCAUCCUGCAGCCCCUAGCACCGCUGCAAGCCGGCGAGCUGGAGAUCCCCGUGCUGGACUUUGGGGACGUCGGCCCGCCGCGCUGCCACCGUUGCCGCGCCUACAUCAACCCGUUCAUGAUGUUCCGCUCCGGCGGCAACAAGUUCGUAUGCAACCUGUGCGGCUACGCCAACGACACGCCGUCCGAGUACUUUUGCGCCACAAGCCCGCAAGGUGUGCGCGUCGACCGUGACCAGCGACCCGAGCUCACGCGGGGCACCGUCGAGUUUGUGGUCCCCAAAGAGUAUUGGACCCGCGAGCCCGUGGGGCUGCGCUACCUGUUCCUGAUCGACGUCACACAGGAGUCGUUCAACAAGGGGUUUCUGGAAGCCUUCUGCGACGGUAUCUUACGUACAUUGUACGGAGCCGGGGAAGACGGUGAAGAAGAGAAGGACGAGAACGGCGAGCCGCGCAGGAGGAUACCACCAGGCGCCAAGGUCGGGUUCGUGACGUUCGACAAGGAGGUGCACUUCUACAACGUCAGCGCGACGCUGGAACAGGCGCAGAUGAUGAUCAUGCCCGACAUCGAGGACCCGUUCGUGCCGCUGAGCGAAGGGCUGUUCGUCGACCCGUACGAGUCGCGCGCCGUCAUCAGCGCGCUGCUGACGCGGCUGCCGCAGAUGUUCUCGACCAUCAAGAACCCGGAGCCGGCGCUGCUGUCGACGCUCAACGCGGCCAUCGCGGCGCUGGAGACCACGGGCGGCAAGAUCUUUUGCUCCAUCUCGGCGCUGCCGACGUGGGGGCCGGGUCGUCUGUUUAUGCGUGAUGACGGCAAGCACCCCAGUGGUGAACCGGAUAAGAAACUGUUCAGCACGGAGCACCCGGCCUGGCGCAAGGCGGCCGAGAAGAUGGUGUCGGUCGGGGUGGGCGUCGACUUUUUUAUGGCUGCGCCGUCAGGGGGGUAUCUCGACAUUGCCACGAUUGGCUACAUCUCGGCCACGACCGGCGGCGAGAGCUUCUACUACCCCAACUUCAUCGCCCCCCGCGACAACACCAAGCUGUCUCUCGAGAUCCAGCACGCCGUCACACGCGAGACCGGCUACCAGGCACUGAUGAAGGUGCGCUGCUCCAACGGCCUGCAGGUGGCCGACUACCACGGCAACUUUGUGCAGCACACCUUCGGCGCCGACCUCGAAAUCGGUGUCAUCGACGCCGACAAGGCCCUCGGCGUGACCUUCCGCUACGACGGCAAGCUCGACGCGAAGCUCGACGUCCACUUCCAGGCCGCCCUGCUGUACACCUCCGCCUCGGGCCAGCGCCGCGUCCGCUGCGUCAACGUCAUCGCCGGCGUCAGCGAAAGCCCCCGCGAAAGCGUCAAGUUCAUCGACCAGGACGCCGUCUACGCCAUGCUUGCCAAAGAAGCCUCCACCCGCCUGGCCACCUCCAACAACGCCCUCAAAGACAUCCGCCUCGGCCUCACCGAGCGCACUAUCGACAUCCUCGCCAACUACCGCAAGCACUUCCUCGCCCACGCCCACCCCCCCGGCCAGCUCGUCAUGCCCGAACGCCUCAAGGAACUCUCCAUGUACGUCCUCGGCCUGCUCAAAUCCCGCGCCUUCAAAGGCGGCGUCGAGACCUCCGACCGCCGCGUCCACGACAUGCGCCUGAUCCGCCACAUCGGCGCCCUCGAACUGUCCCUCUACCUCUACCCACGCAUCAUACCCCUCCACAACCUCCAACCCGAAGACGGCUUCCCGGACCCCUCCACAGGCGGCCACCUGCGCAUGCCCCCCGCCAUCCGCGCCUCCUUCGCCCGCGUUGAACCAGGCGGUGUUUAUCUUGUUGACAAUGGCCAGCAGGCCCUGCUAUGGAUGCACGCGCAGACCUCGCCCAAUCUCAUCGCUGACCUGUUUGGUGAAGACAAGACCUCGCUGCAGAGCCUGGACGCAUAUACUUCGACGCUGCCCGUGCUGUCCACCCACCUCAAUGCGCAGGUGCGGAACAUUAUCGAGUUUUUGCGUAGCUUGCGUGGGUCGAAGGGGUUGGCGCUGCAGUUGGCGCGGCAGGGGAUUGAUGGGGCAGAGUAUGAGUUUGCAAGGUUGUUGGUGGAGGACCGGAAUAAUGAGGCGCAGAGUUAUGUCGAUUGGUUGGUGCAUUUGCAUAAGGGGGUGCAGUUGGAGGUCGGCGGCCAGAGGAAACGCGAGGACACGGGCGAGUCGUCGUCCACGAUGACGGCCCUUGCCGGGCUGCGGCCGUCAUAUUGGUAG